AUGGGGUUGAUUAAUAUGCAAGUCUGGAACAAAGCUGUUGUGGCCAAAUUGUGCUGGGAUUUAGCAAAUAAAGAGGACACGCUUUGGAUCAAAUGGAUACAUCCGUACUAUAUAAAGGGGCAGAGCAGUUGGCAAGCCAAACAAGCCAGCUGGAUGAUAAGAAUAGUAAUGAGUGCCAAACAUACAAUUGAUCAAAUCCAUCUGAUGCAGGAGAAGAAAUGUAGUAUGAUCAGGCAAAUUUAUCUGUAUAUGAUAGGGGAGCUGCAAAGGCCUGACUGGAAAUGCCUCAUGUUCAACAAUGCAGCAAGGCCAAAAGCUUACUUCACAAUGUGGCUUAUGCUUAACAAGAAGUUAGCAACGGUUGACAAGCUAGCUAAAUGGGGUAUGGAAGUAAAUAAGACUUGCAUUUUAUGCAAGAAAGCAAAAGAGACUAUAGAGCAUCUGAUUAUCCAAUGCCAAUUUGCUAGGAAGCUAUGGGAAAGGUUGUUUACAUUGAGUCAUCAGUUUAGUGUAGUACCAGUGACAUGGGGACAGUUUAUACAAUGGAGUAUUCAACAUGGGAAGGGGAAGACUAAAACAACUCAAAUUUUCAAGAUUAUAUUGGCUGAAGGAAUCUAUGGGCUGUGGAUUGAGAGGAACAACAGAAUUUUCGAGAAAAAGAGCAAAAUGGAGGAAAAUGUAGCCAAGGAGAUAGCCUAUGUGACUAUUGCUCGAGCUCCAGCUAGUAUGUAA